AUGCCUAAUGAUUGCGUUCUUUGCCAGGCCAUCGUCUCGAAUUCCAUGAUGUUCGCACCAGACAAAUCUGCAAGCAAGACGGAGUCAAUAGCGUCCAAGACUGAAGGAAAAGAAGCGACAACUCAAGCUGGAGCAACGAAACCCGACGAGGUUGUGAAUCCAGCUUCUUCAGAAUCAGAGUCCGACGACAAGGAGGGCAUUGCUAGUGAAGGCGAUCGAGGAGCGAAGCAACUGGGAACGAAGAAGCAGCAGCUGUCAGCGGAGGAAGCGUGCGAAAUCUACAUGCUCAGACCAAAGUUUCACGCCGACGGCUACCGGAGGAGAGGCUCCAUGCUGCACUGCAAGACCGUCGCUCCCAAGUACGGAGUGACUCCGAAGACGAUCAGGGACGUGUGGAGUGGGCGGAGCUGGUCGCAGGCGACGAGGCACCUCUGGACCCCAGAGGAAUUGAAGCACCGACAAGGUCUUGGGGCGUCUCAGACAAGCGCUGCCACGUCAGCCAAGGAGGGCGAUGCUCACGCCCCCAAUGCCCCUCCGGCUGCAAGGUCCGAACCAGCGCAUCAGUCUGGAGCUGCUGCUGGAACAGUCGGUGGGUCCUCGGCCUUCGGGGGGAGCAGCGUCGGUACGCCGUCGGGACCUUCGCUGCUGUUCGGGCAAGGCACGCUGUUGUCGUCGACAGGGAUGAACUUUGCGUCUGCUCAAGGCAACGUCCAGGUCAAUGCCGGCAUGAGCGACUUUGCUCGGAUGUACAUGCAACAGCUGGAGGCGCAGCAGGAGGCGUAUGCACAGCAAUAUCAGACGCUCUUCUCCUCUAUCGUGUCACAGAACCUGGGCUCAUCGAUCUUUCAGCAGCAGACAGGGCUGAAUCCUCUUGGACAGCUGAAUGCUGGAAGCCUCUCCUUGACGCCAACCAGCAGCAACUCAAGCACUAGCGGCGGCCAGCAGCAGCAGCAGCAGCAGCAGCAGCAGCAGCAGCAGCAGCAGCAGCAGCAAGCAAAUGUGAACUUCAACUCCUCCGCCUUCAUGGGCAACAGACUGUAA